GGUAAACAGACGUCAGAAGGGAGUCUUCGCCUCGAGUCAAAACAAAACAAAACAAGUCAAAAAGAUACAGAAGGAGUGAAUAUUUGGACAGCCACAGCGACUGGAAGUGUUACAAAACUCAUCGCUGAUGAAAAGCGGUCACUUGGAGGAAGUUAUCGGGGGCUUUUCGCGGAGUUUUCCACGGAUUGUAAACUCUGGAGUAGCAGGAGCUUAACCAGCUAACGUUACGGUGGCUAUCGUGCUGUUUUCAAAGUGAGGCGAGUGGGAGCCGACAGACUUCCGAGGCGACCCAACUUCACCCAACAGCCGGGAAUUCGCUUUGUAGUUCGUUCACCGAGACCGCGGGGCGAAGAUCGGCGGAGCUCCGGGCCUCGGUCGAGAGGGUUUUAUAACCGCUUCUUCGAGCAUCGUGUGCCGCGGCAGGAGUAUGGAGAAACAUGGCAGAUGGUGACAUGCGCCUGGCCGCAAUGUGGUGGAUCAUGCAGACCUGAAGCACGGACUUUUCCUACGGACAUUUCUCUCAUUUUCCCAUUUUUACUAUCUUUCAAAAACACUACUAAACCGCCAUCAAAAUCUGCUCUCCCAUUUCCUCUUCCCUCAGUCGACAUUUCUUUGGUUGUUAAAUUACAGCGGCUUUAACAUACAGGCCAAAGAGACGGCGGCCAGUCUCUUUACUGGUUUUUACACUUUUUGGCAGUUGGCUAACACAACCAUUGCUGGGAUAAUCGGCCGGUCUAUGUUUUUUCACUUGACUUUGAUGUACCGGACCGAUUUGUGACUUUGCAUAUUUUUUUAAAGUUUGUGUUGAGUUUGUAUUUGGCUUGUGGAGAGUCCAGACAUCACGUUGUUUACAAGUGGAGACAGACAGGGGCUCUCCUGAGAGGAUCCUUUGUAACAGUAGCCAGCUAAUCCCUGUUUGUACUCUUCAUAGCUUUGCAGUAAUAAUCCUACGGUUGAAUGAGAAAAUAUAUGCACCAUUAUACAAAUUUGGCACGAAAUAAUCCAUUUUGAUCUACUCUUAAAAUAUUAGUUUGACAAAGUAUAAAGUAUUCUUUUUACAACAUUACCAACUGACACAUAUUUAAAUUGUUUAUUAACAGGAAUGGCAUUAUCUUGUAUCCAUAUACCUUUAAUAUUUUGGUGUUCAUUUUCAGGUGAGCCCAAACCUCUGUAGAUCCAGAUGUUUUGGUGCUCAUUGCCGCUCUGCCACUUUUGUUUUUAUUUCAUUCAAACAAAGGGACUCUCAUCCCAGCCCUUCUUCAUUCUUUAUAAAUCGGAAGGUUUAUGAUAGUUACUAUUAAGGAGAUUAUUUGGGUUCCCUAAUCUCCAAUCUGAGGAUUAACCGAGGCUAUUGGUGUGUCCAGAUUAUUACGUCUCCUCUGCAGGCCCCUCUGUUUACACCCCCGCAGGGGCUGAGGCAUAUUGUUUUUGUGUCAGGAAGUUUUUUAACGCAUCAUCCCCUGAAACUUCAAUUUUUAAAGGUAGAUGCUUUAAGUGGUCCCAUCUUUUUUGUUGAGAGGAAGUUCAGAGGACCGCCAUGGAGGAGUCGUCGGUGCCCCCGAUUGACCCAGAUUUCGAGCCACAGAGCAGACCCCGCUCCUGCACGUGGCCGCUGCCAAGACCCGACAUCUCGGUUGUCAAACCGGAGGGGGCGGAUGGCUCUGAGUCCGCCGCUGGGACCCCGCCCGCCGACGAGGACAAACCCGAGCCACAGCAAAUCACGUCCGAGCCGGAGAAGGCGGCAGCAGCGGCCGAGGGAGGGGCCGUGGCUGGCGUGGGCGGAGCCGCCGCGACGCCCCGCAAAGGAUCAUCCCGGCGCAACGCGUGGGGGAACCAGAGCUACGCUGAUCUGAUUAGUCAGGCCAUCGAGAAUUCACCUGAGAAGAGGCUGACCCUGGCUCAGAUCUAUGAGUGGAUGGUGAAAACAGUGCCUUACUUCAGAGACAAAGGAGACAGCAACAGCUCAGCCGGCUGGAAGAAUUCAAUUCGCCACAAUUUAUCACUCCACAACAAGUUCUUGAGGGUACACAAUGAAUCGACAGGUAAGAGUUCCUGGUGGAUGCUUAACCCUGAGGGAGGUAAGACUGGGAAGGCUCCUCGCCGCCGGGCCGCCUCCAUGGACAACAGCAGCAAACUGCUGAAGAGCCGCAUGAGGGCCAAGCAGACCAAGAAGCAGGCGGGAGCAGCUGGCCUGGGUGGUGCUGGAGGGGUGCAGGGCGACGGCAGCACAGGUUCAGCGGGCGCAGACAGCCCUAAUUCGUCCCAGCAGUUUCCCAAAUGGGGUGUCAACAGCAGCAGCCCCUCAUCUCGCGGCAGCCUGGAUGACGCUGACAUGUGGACCACCUUCCGCUCACGCACAGGCUCUAACGCCAGCACCCUGAGUGGACGUCUGUCCCCCAUUGCUCCUGGACAGGAGGACGACGAUAACCUGCCUGAGGACGGACUGUUGGGAAGAUACACCGCCAGCAGCUUGACCCCCACCCUCACAGAGACCCUCAUGGAGGAGCUGGAUCUGAUCGACGGCCUCACAUUGAUGACUGGGCAGCAGGGAGGGGCCAGUCCCAGCACAGCCCCACCAGCACCUCCCACUCCACUGCCCUCCGCCUCCACCCUGCUGCCUCGUGGUUCCAGCUUCUCCUCCUUCCCCCAUCAGCUGCAGCCAUCCAGCCUCCCACAGGCCCCCACCCACACCGGGACCCAGGCCUCCGUCUCUCAGUGUGGACCGAGUAGCAAAGAGCCAACAACCUUCAGCAACUCCCUUUUCAACCCCAUACCCACCCCCAGCUCUCGUGGGGGCGGCCAUUACAGCACCCACGUGCCUUCCAGCCUGGAGGCACUGCUCACCUCUGACUCCCCUCCGCCCAGUGAUGUCCUAAUGACCCAGGUGGAUCCCCUCAUGCCCAGUCCUGGAGGAGUGGGCCUGAUGGGCCUUGGCACACCAGUAGUAAGUGUGAGGUCCAAACCCAACCAGCUGCUGUUGGGUAAAGGGCUGGAACCGAACACAGUGGCCCCCAUGGCGCUGCAGGCUCAGAUGCAGCAGCGUCACCUUCACCACCACCAGCAGCAGCAGCAGCCGCCGCACCAGCAGCAGCAUCAACAACAACCACAGCAACAACACCAGCAUCACUCUCAGAUGGGGCUGGGGAUGAUCCUCUCAGGUAUGUCUCAGGACCCAUCACAGCUGUCUGCCCUCAAAGCCCAGCAUGCCACGGUGCCAGCGGUGGGCUCUCAUCAUGGAGGGCCUGUCACCUCAGCCAAUCCUGGUGUGAGCUUGCAGGGGAUGAGUCACUUCGGAGCAGCGUCCUGUUUCCCGCCCGGUCAAGACCGACUGCCCACAGACUUGGACAUUGACAUGUUCACCGAAAACCUGGAUUGUGAUGUGGACUACAUCAUCAACAGUGACCUCAUGGACGGAGAUGGCAUCGACUUCAACUUUGACCCCAUACUGCCUGGAGGCCAAGGCUACGCCGGACCGGCCACUACACAGGGCUCCGCUCACAGCUGGGUGCCCAGCUAAUCUCUUAGCUGACCACAUGGAGUUAGCCAGGAACUGAUUUCCAAUCAGGAUAACCUCACAAAACAACAAAACGACUGGUGCAUUCCUCCUCCCUGCUGGCUGAAGAUAGUAUUUUCAAACACAACACUUCUCUCGGACUUAAAAGACCAGACCUCAGCCAUGUCAUGUGCCAAGAAGACAUGCGGGGGACAGAGAGGAGAUUCAGGCUACUAUGCACAAUAUUUCUCCCUUUUUUUAAAAAAUAACACUUGGCUGCUAGCCGUUUUUUUUUUUUUCUUCUAAUCCGAACUGAUGAUUUUUAAAAGACGUGUGACAUGAUGUUUUUAGGAGUGAAAAGACAAAUCAUUAACUCCCCUCAGCUGGGAGUCUGUAUUUCAGUUAUGUUACACCAUAAUAGCUUUAGGGUGGAUACGGUACACGAUGGCUUUGGUAUUGAAGACUCAAUGGACUGUGCGUUUUUUUGGAGAAAUGGCCAGUUUUCCAUUGACACUUGCAUGAACUGCCAGACCAAAUGCUGUUUGAAGUGCAGUCACGCUGCUGCACCGUGGAAAGGUUUCAUCACAGGAGUCGGAUUGUGUUGUGAACAGGUGGAAGAUACAAGACUGGAUGACUGGAGGUAUAAAAUGUUUGGCUACACAUCUCGCCCAUUUGUGGACUAAGAUUAUUUGUACGAUUUAAAUUUCUCACUUUAGAGAAAAGCAGAUGCUUUUUUUUUCCUCCAAUGAAAUUUGGUGAUUCAACAGUUAAGAGGGUCUGUAUUUGCAGUUUGGCAUUUUGACUUCAAUCCAGUGUGUUAUGGUAGAUGUCUGUUAGAGGGUGUUUUUUUGUUGUUUUUUUUUAAAAUCCCUGAUGUGCAGUUGAACUAACAAAAUGAAGAAAUGUGAUUUGUGAAUUUAUACACGGGGCAUUCAAGGGUAAAUUUAUUUGCCAACAUGUGAUUGGUUGGCCAAGUAUUAUAUUGUUUUAGACAGCAGUAUGCCUCCACUGUCACAUGGUCUACCUGAUUAUUUCUUCUUUCUCUGUUUUCAUCGAGUCUGUGCAUUUUCAAAGCACUUAGGUUCCUGCAACACAGGGACCCCAAACUAGGAGACACAUUAGGUUAUUACAUUUCAUCAAAAAGAGUUUAAAUCCUUUCAAAAAAAACAAAACAAAAAAAAAAACAUGUAAACUACACGUUGCACAUGUACACUGCACAUGUACACGAUGACACACUAUGCAGAUUUAUCAGGAGAACUAAAUGAAAUCUUGAAGGAAAUUUGAAUAAUCACUUCUUGAAGGGUUUUGUUAUUUAACAUUUUCCUGAUAUUUUGUUGAGGGGGUGUUGAGGAGGGUGCUUCAUGUCAGAAAAAUGAGAGAAAAAUCUCUCACAUUUUAAUUCAAGAAAUUAAUUCUCAGUGUGAGAAGUACAAAAAAAGAAUAUAUUUGAUUAUAGUUUUAAUAUACAAUUUAGAUGGAGGUAAUAAAUGAGAUAUUAAUACAUAUGAAUAUAUUACUAAUGACAAGGUUUUUUUUACAUUGGAGGAAGCAUUCUCAGAUCAUUUUUAACGGUAAUUUUCUAUACUUUUAUUUUUGUAAAGGAUGAGAUGCAUGUAGAUUUGUUUUUUACAUAACCAAAGGAACACUAAUAUUUGCAUUUGCAUGGCAUUUAGGGAGCGCUUGGGCCUGACACAGUAUCUCGGUGUACAUAAGCUUUGCAAAACAUGCCUGUAACAUGAAAUCUGACUUUGAGAGUCGAGUGAGGCAAAAUGCAUCAAUACUUGACCAUUUUAAAAGUCCAGUGUGUAGGGUUUAAGGGCAUCUAAUGGUGGAAUUUGUAUAUAAUAUUCAGAACUAUGCUUUCAUUAAGGCCUGUGUCCACAUAUUGGUUUUUCUCAGCACUGGCAUCCAUUUCAGUUGUUCCAUGCCUCGUGUCUUUUUUCCUUUUUACAGCACUCCGGCUUUUUUGUGUUGCCGCUCUGAGUGCUAGCUACCAUUAAUGUCAUGAUAUUGUUUUCAUAGAAACAAAACCCACUGUUCUCCUGCGCCCUGCCACGGCUUUUCUGCCAAAGAAAAACACAAUGUGGACACAGACUUUAAUGGGCAACUACACCCAUUUUCAAAAUCCAUUCAUGUCAUUUCUGUGGUCUUAGUGAAAAUUAACAACUCUUUCCCAAAUCCAAAAAACUGGAGUGCUAUAACUCAAAUUUGUGAUGUCAUAGGUUGUAAAGUCUGGAGUUGCUUCAUAGACAAUGAAUUGAGAAAGAUGUUAUAGACAACACCAAGAACACCCAGGGAGUUGUUCUGAGUACAUGGGUACAUUUUCUGUUUCAGAACUGAGAACAUUACAACAUAAUAAUGCUCAAUUGGGUAUAAAAAAAAAAGUUAAAAUAUUGUGUGGGUCCAAAAAAUUAGUCUCCCAUUCACUGUCUAUAGAGCAGCUCCAGACUUAAUACUUGACAUUACAAGUUUGAGACUUCCUUCUCUUGCCCCUGGCUUAGAGAGGGGGUAGCUCAUGUUCACAAGUAUUGAUUGAAUUUUCCAAGGCCAUGGGAAUAACAUAUUGGACUCCUUAAUGUAGGUGGUGUGCCCCUGUGAGUUAAUAAUCACCUGAAACUAAGAAUGGUUGUUUGGUACCUUAGAAUGAGCCAUUUAUAUCUUCAUCAUGGAUGUAUUAGGAGACCUGGAUACAGCAUUGCAGACGGGACCCCGUUAAUUCUUAUUAAAGUUGCUCAUUGGCACAUGAAGCCAAAAAAGCUCUUAUUUUGGCGGUAUGAACUUACCUGAAUCUUCUGUAUUGCCGGGCCCAUCGAGUAAACGCACUAGAGACAUAGGGUAUCCGAGCAUGACUGAGCGGCUGACUGAGCGCUUAGCGCUAAUGGGGAUAAAAUGAUUUUAUCUUGUAGCUCUUUUAGACCGUUGAAAUGUAGUGAAGUGAUAGUUAAACGAGUCGUUUCGCAGGGGUUGUGGCACUCAAAAAAAUACAUCCACUGAUUUAAAACCUCUCGUUCCCAAUGCAAGUCUAUGGGUAAGUCUUUGGGCCCAGUGGAAUCACUUGACUGACCCUGUAGUUGUAGUUCCACUUUUGGCCACUAUGUAAACUUGGCUUCAAAGCCCGCGCUGUUCCUGGGGACUUCAUCUACAUACGGAGCGGGUCCUCUUCCAUGGCGCACUCUAUUUUGUUUAACAGUAGCCCAGAACGGACAAAUCAACCACCGGCUCUAGAUAGGGUCAAUCGCAUUUUCAUGUUGGCCACCAUAGUUCUCCUACAUGCUUGCCACUAAAUCCUACACACUUUAACUAAAAUUCCCGAUAACCUGUCUCAUUUUUUUCUGCAUUAAUUGUGUAUCCAAGUAAAAAGAAAAAAAUCUGCGCUGAAAUGUGGUGCGAGGCAAAGAAAAACAUUUAUUGUCCUGCUUUUCAACACGCUGCCGAAUUCUCAUCUCAAAACGAGACUAAUACAACCGUUACCUCUCAGGGUCGCUCUGAAGAAAAACAACAGGAAAACAACUCUGCACAGACGUCAUCCGAUAACAUGACAAUGGCAAACAAACGUAUAUUUAUUCUACAGAUUGUCUCUGUUACAACAGACUGGAAACCAACACACCACGUCUUUGUUUUGUUUUCCUGGAGGAGUUUCUGUCUUAAAAAGAGCUGACCUCAAAUUUGACUUCCCUUUUUUAUUUUUAGAGAGAAAUGUAUUCUAGCUCUCCAGCCAUGUAUAUCAGUACUAGCCUAUCCCUUGGGGUUUUUUAUUUUAUUUUGACUGCCAAUAUUUAAAACACUAUAGCAUGACUUUACUCUGUAGCGAGAUUGAUUUCGUCAUCUUCCCCCUUAAAAUUUUGUGUUUUGUGUUUGUAUUUAAUUGUUGAUAAUGUUUUUGUGAUCAGAAAUAACAUCCCUGCAGUUUAAACUCUUAAUAUCCAUCAUUUCACUGUAGCUAUGUGAAUAUGUUAGCCUCUGAUUUGUAUAAAGCACUCUCUUUUUUGUUCCACAAAUGCUUUUUUUUUUGUUUUGUUUUGUUUUUUUUUACUUUUUGAAUGGUGCUAGAUGUCAUAUGUGACGUAUCCUGCAGUACGCCAUGAUGCAAAGGGUGCAUAUCAGGGCCUUUUGGAUUUUCUGUAUACAGCACAAGGAUCUUGAUUUGGUGUUAUAGUAGAAGUUAGCACACGAUCAACAGUCCUUCUCCCUCUUUGUUUUUCUCUUGUUAUACACACACACAUAUAUAUAUAUAUAUAUAUAUAUAUGAUAACCCCCCCUUAAUUGGUCAUUAAAUAGAUCUGUAAACCGAAGACCAGCUUGUUCAAACUGCAUGAUUUUCUUGUUAUUUUAAAUCAUAACAUAAUUAUUUUAGAAAGUUGUAUAAUAUGAAACAACUCCCCCAGUUUUUUCUAAACUAAUAAUGUCCAGGUGUUGGAAAUGUUAAUGACAGUUGAAAGGACGGACUGCAGCAUGUAAAAGGAGCGGUGGUCAGCUUGAUGUCUCUAGUUUACUGUUGCCUCCUUAAAAAAAGGGCAGGUGUGGUGUUAUUACUUCCCUUGUAUCUCCCCCUUUAUGUAAUAAUUAUCUACAUAUUUUUUCUGUUUUCUUUAAGUAGCAGCUAGUCCCUGUAUGUUUGUUUUGACAAUUUAAAAAUCGCCCCAUUUGAUACAGUAUUUUAGCAUUCGGCAAGGGUUUUUCUUCCAUAGGGGAGGGGAGGAAGGGGGUGGACAGGGAAUGAUGAGUUGUGCAUAAGCCAAUUAUGUUAAUGAUUUUUGAUUAAUGUUGAUAGUUCUUCUCCCCCCACCACCACCUCAGUCUUUUUCUUUCAUUACACAUUGUAAAGUGAGCCUGAGAUGACAAACAGUUCCAAACAGCAGAAAUAAAUUCAAUAAACUGUUUAACCCA